AUGAGACAAAUGAAAAACUUUCUGAAAACUCUUAUUCUGAUCUUAUCUCUUUACCGUCUUUCAUUGGGCGGAACUGAAGAACAAGCCAAUAAUUUUGACUGGACCGCAUACUCUUUCGAGCUACCGAAUCAUUCACCCGUACGUCACUUGGACUCUUCUGAUGAUGAACGCACCUCGUCAAGUCAACAUAAGGAUGAAUCUUCUGGACCAAAGCAAUUCACGCCGCUUAGGAGGAUCAAAAGUCCUAUUGAAGAGAUGAAAGCGAAGAUGAAGAUAGCUAACAAAAGACGAUACCUCAGACGCAAAGCAGAGCUUCAACAAAUGUCACCCGAAGAACAAGAGCAAGAAAGACUUGCUGAAAAAGCAAGACAAAAGAAGCAUUACAAUAAAAAUAAACGUCAAUCAGGUUUUACAACGAUUCAUAAUGCAAGACUGAAUACGUUUAGAAUUUUGGAAAAGAAUGGUAAAGCUACUCAGAAACAAUUAGAGUACUUGCAAAAAGAUAAAGAGAAAGUAGCUAGAUUCUAUCUGAAAAAGCAGCUGGUUCUGCAAAGGAUGGGACAGCAAAAAGUGUACAAUCAUCACUUUCGCGAGGAAAGUGAUUGGAGAUCGUAUCUCAAUCUCAGCCCGGAGCACAUGCCUAUGCAAGAUUUACCUUCUGAAGAAGAGCACCAUAUGAGCAAAGAGCUAUCUCCCAUUUUACCGACAGAAGCAAGUCACGAGAAGCAACCUUUCCUAUCGCAGAUAGUCGUAGAGAAGAAGGCUACCGAGAAGCACAAAGAUAAUUACAAGCCUUCAUUGACCCAACGCCAAAGGUACUAUCGGAAUUGGAAAGCGAAAAAGGAAACCCUACCAGAAGAGGAGAAAGCCUCUCGGAAAGCUAAAGAGAUUGAAAAAUAUGGAAGGUACCGUAAAAAAAUGAGAACUUUGAUCGGCUAUAGCACAAAACGUAAUGCAAACAUGCAUCAAAUUAGAAAAUUGGAAAAGAUUGGGAAGGCAAGUGUUGAACAAUUGGAGCUUUUGGAGAAAGAAAGAAACGUAAGACGUAUUUAUGCCAGGAGAAAAAGAGAGGAAAAACGAGCAAGUGGAAUUGGCAAAGAAAGACCAAAACUCCUUUCUUCGUUACCGAAAGAAUCGAACUAG